AUGGCUCAGCACUCCUACGUCGUAGCCGCUCACCCCUUGACCAGUCAUCGCUUCAAGCGAGACUUGGCUCCCCAUGACCCUAUAUGGGGAACAGACGUGCCUCAAGAUGCCAAGCUGUGGUCUACAGACCAGAAGAUCCUACUCUCACUUUUUCCCUGGGUGGGCAUGGGCAAGGUGAUGCUUCUGACAGAACUGGACCUGAGUCAGAACCGGCUGCAGGAUUCAGGAGUGAAGCUGCUGUCUGCUGGACUGGAGAGUCCACACUGUCACCUGGAGACUCUCAGGCUGAGUUUGUGUGAUCUGUCAGAGAGAAGCUGUGAAGUUCUGAGCUCAGUUCUCAGCUCUCAGUCCUCCAGUCUGAGAGAACUGGACCUGAGUAACAACGAUCUGCAGGAUUCAGGAGUGAAGCUGCUGUCUGCUGGACUGAAGAGUCCACACUGUCACCUUGAGACUCUCAGCUCUGACCUUCAGCGCCUCCCAUCUCAGAGAGUGGACCUGAGCUACAACCAUCCAGGAGACUCAGUCAACCUGCUGGAUCCACUCCGGACUCUGGACUCUCUCAGGGUGGAUCCUGGUGGAGUCCGAUGGCUGAGACCAGGUCUGAGGAAGUAUUUCUCUGAACUCUCUCUGGAUCCAAAGUCAGCGAACAGAAAACUCAAACUGUCCAAAAACAACACAAAGGUGGAACGUGUGGACAAGGAUCAAUCAUAUCCUGAUCAUCCAGACAGAUUUUACCUUUGCCUUCAGGUCCUGUCUUCAACUGGUCUGACUGGUCGCUGUUACUGGGAGGUCGAGUGGAGAGGAGACGUUGGUAUAUCAGUAAAUUACAGAAGAAUCAGAAGGAAAGGAAACAGUUUGGACUGUGAGUUUGGAUGUAAUGAUCAGUCCUGGACUCUGAUCUGCUCUGACUGUCUUCGUUAUUCUGUUUGUCACAGUAACAGGCAAACAUUCCUUCCUCGCUCCUCUUCGUCCUCUCACAGAGUCUCAGUGUUUGUGGACUGUCCUGCUGGCACUCUGUCCUUCUAUGAAGUCUCCUCUGACUCUCUGAUCCACAUCUACACCUUCUGCUGCACGUUCACUGAACCUCUGUGUGCUGGGUUCAGCUUCUGGUCUGAUCCUGGUUCCUCUGUGUCUCUGUGUGGACUGUAGGAUGGAGAGUCUCCUCCUAUGGACACAAACACUCAAACAUGAGUGGACAGUAAAUGUCCAGCUGGUUUGACUUUGAUGUCUCAGUGGUUGUAAACUAACAUGAUUUUUGGCACCCCCUUCUGGGUGACGUAUGAUCCAUACACCGGCGUGUUUUUGGUUCUGUGUCAGCGACAUUGUGCAUUUAAAACAUCCAACUAGUCUGUGCAGUGUUACUACACAGUCCACACCGACAUCUGGACAUCAGCAGAGUCCACACUGUGCCAAAACCCAGCUUGCUGGACUCGGAGUUCUUCAAACAACUGAACAGAGUUAAUUCCAGCCGACAAGAGACGGCAGCUCUGGAUACACGUGAGCGAAGAAGCCGAUG